GUACACAUCAGUCACUAAAAGAACCGACUGCCCAAGCGUUCCUCUUGCGAAGCAGCAGCAUCUCGUCUAGUAUCCACAUUUUAUCAUUAUGUCCGCCCCCUGCCUGGACAAAAUCCCAGAAUCGUACGAUGAUCACCUGGCUGAAAUGGAGACGCAAUUCCAACAGCACGCCAAGACCUACCUCCGAGAGGAACCGGAACUUCGCCGGCAGAUGUUGGUCCAGCUUCGGGACUGGAUUGCUAAGCAUCCUCACAUUAGGAAAGUUCGCACCGAUGCCCUCUUCCUGCUGAAAUUCCUCCGCGCCAAAAAGUACAAUUUUAUCAAUGCUACUAAACUGUUGGAACGAUAUCUAGCUACCAAAGUGCUGCAUCGGGAUUGGUUCGGACGUUUGGACAUAGAAGAUCCGGAGCUUGGUGCCUUGGUGGACACAGGAUAUUUGUUCCCGCUUCCGGAACGGGACAGCAAAGGGCGGACGUUGCUGUUCAGCGUUGCGUCCGGCAUUGAUCCGGCUAGGUUCACUGGGAGACAUGCAUGUCGUCUGCACAUGAUGACGGCGGAAUUGUGCGCGGAAUCGAACGAGUUUCUCUGUGGAGGGUUUAUCUUGGUGUAUGACUUUUCCAACAUCACAUUGGCUCAUCUGAACGUGGUUUCGUUCAACGAUAUCCGACUGCUUUCGAAAGCUGCUAACAAUUCCCUGGCAGUGAGAGCUCAAGAGGUUCACUUUGUCAACACUCCAAGUGCGGGACUGACGAUCGCCAAUUUUGCGCUGCAAUUGACAAAUGAGAAGCUUCGGAACAGGAUAUUUUGCCACAAAAACUGGGACGAGCUGUACAAGAAGGUCGAUAAAGAUCUCCUCCCGAAGGAGUACGGUGGAAAGAUCCCCCAAGCUGAGCUAAUUGAAUCUUUCAAAAAGCGAUGCACAGAAAUGCGUCCGCUGUUGUUGGCGUACGAUGAGAUGGACAUGGAAAUUGCAAACGACUCUGAAUAUAGGAACGAUGGAACCGGCGAUGAGUUGGAAUCUGGUGCUAUUGGUACAUUCCGGAAGCUGCAAGUGGAUUAAGCUAAGGUUGUUUUGUUUAUUUGAAGGUUAUAAUAGAUUUAUGUUACCACCCUUGUUGAGUACAUUUAAAUUUUCCGCACAUAUGAGUUUUG